ACAAGAACAAAAUCUAUGAAGCCUUCUGGUAACAGUGCCUUCCCUGGUGAUCCCACCACUUCCUCAUCAACUCUUCGUUCUUCUUCAUGGUUGGACAUUAGUGGAGGUCAUCUACCUUUAACAUUUAGAACACCUCCUGUUAGCCCUCCUCGGCAAAAUUACCUUGCAGGAAUUCGUAGAGUUUGCUCUUUAGACUUCAGGCCUCUCCUGAUGAAUUCCCCCGACUCAGGAUUGGCUGACCCACUUCUAGGUUCUGUUUCUGGAUCAGAGCGCAGUUUACUUCCUGAAUCAACUAUAUAUAAUUUUAGUUGCGGCCACUUCUCCAAGCCUCUGCUUACUGCAUCAGAUGAAAGUGAAGAACUAUUGACCAAAAGAGAGGAGCAGGAAAGAUUUGCACUGGAGCAUAUUGCUAAAUGCCAGCACUCUUCUGUUAGCAAACUUAACAAUAAUAGUCAAAUUGCUAGCUGGGAUACAAGAUUUGAGACAGGUACUAGAACAGCCUUGCUGCAACCUCUCUCCUAUUGUAAUUGCAGCAGAUGAGAAUGAACGGAUAAGGUAUGUGAU